AUGGAGGAAGUCGCCACUACAUUGAAGGUAGAAAUGUUUUCAGAAGAAGAGAAACGCGCGCAACGGAUUUUGGAGGAAACAACCAUUAGAAACGGAAACCGAUUCGAGACGGGGCUACUAUGGAAAUGCGAUCAAAUCCAGUUACCAGACAGUUUCCCCAUGGCUCUGCGUCGGUUACAGUGCCUUGAGAAGCGAAUGAAUAGAGAUCCUAAGUUGCGGGACAACCUUCAACGACAGCUACUAGAAUACCAGCAAAAGGGAUAUACGCAUAGGGCUACAGAAGCAGAACUAGCAAACGCAGAGAGAGAUAGAAUUUGGUAUCUACCCCUGAGUGGUAAUAAUCCCGCGAAAACCAGAAAAGGUCCGCUUGGUAUGGGACGCAGCAGCAAAGUGGGAGGUAUAGCUCUGAACUCGCUAUUACUUAAAGGACCAGAUCAGCUGACAUCGUUACCAGCCGUCCUGAUGCGUUUCAGGCAGUUUGGCGUAGCAGUUUCGGCGGACAUACGCGAAAUGUUCCACCAAAUACGUAUCCGUGAGAAAGAUCGUCACUCAUUAAGGUUUCUCUGGCGGAAUAACCCUAUAGACAUGCCAGGAAUCUAUGUUAUGGACGUGGCUAUCUUCGGAGCAACGUGUUCUCCAGCAUCCGCUCAGUUCGUGAAGAACAAGAAUGCGAAAGAGUUUGAAGACCAGUAUCCGCGAGCAGUUGAAGGUAUCGUUAACAACCACUACGUUGACGAUUCGUUGGAGAGCUACAGUAGUGUGGCCGAAGCCAUACGCGUGUCGGAAGAAAUGCGGAUGAUUCAUCAAAACGGAGGUUUCGAGUUGAGGAACUGGCUGUCGAACAAGGAAGAAGUGCUGCGUAGUCUAGGUGAAACAAAGCCAUCCGUUGAUAAGAACAUCGGUCCAGACAAUAAGGAGUUUGAACGUAUACUGGGGUUGCUGUGGAUGACCAAGAAAGAUGAACUUUGCUUAGCUACAUCAGUACAAGAACCAAUUCAAAACUUAAUCGAUAAGGUGAAAAGACCCACGAAAAGGCAAGUGUUGAAGUGCCUCAUGGGUUUCUUUGAUCCUCUGGGAUUGUGGAGUGUUUUUCUUGUUCACGGAAAAGUUUUGUUGCAAGAUAUCUGGCGGAAUGGAACACAAUGGGAUGAACAAAUUGAUGAUGCAGCAUUUGAGCGCUGGAAAAAGUGGACAGGCUUGAUCCCAACCAUCAGCGAGAACCGGAUUCCUCGAUGCUACUUUAAGAACGCGACCAUAAAGCACUAUCAGAAGCUUCAGCUGCACACGUUCGUCGAUGCCAGUGAGGUGGCCUACGCAGCUGUAUCCUAUUUCCGUAUAACGAAUCCGGAUGGGAUGGUGGAAUGCAAUCUAGUUGCGGCAAAGACUAAGGUAGCACCACUAAAACCGUUAUCGGUACCCAGAUUAGAGCUACAAGCAGCAGUAUUGGGAAUCCGGUUAAUGCAGUUCGUCGAAGAAAGUCACACCGUGAAGAUUCAGCAACGUUUUGUUUGGAGUGAUUCAGCAACUGUUCUAGCUUGGUUACGUGCUGAUCAUCGGAAGUAUAAGCAGUUCGUGGCGUGUCGCGUAGGCGAGUUGCUGACAGCAUCCGAAGUUCGCGAAUGGCAAUGGGUGCCAUCAAAACUUAAUCCUGCAGAUUUGGCCACUAAAUGGGGAAAGGGUUACGCUCAAGAUGUGAAUGGCGCUUGGUUCAGCGGACCAGAUUUCCUGAAGAAUCCGGAAUCUGAAUGGCCAAAACAGAAAACCACUUUGCUGUCUACAGCUGAAGAUCUGCGUCCGUGUCAUGCGCAUCUCAUAGUGACUAUGCCAGUUAUGAUAUUUCAGUUGGAGCGGUUUUCUCGCUUGCCGCGGCUAAUUAGGUCGGCGGCAUACAUCCAUCGCAGCAUCAUUAAUUGGAGGCGAAGGCCAAAGGGUGAAGAAUCGAUCACUGGGUACUUGAAGUCGGAAGAACUGCAAAAUGGUUUACGGACGAUUAUUCGCCUAACGCAAUGGCAAGCUUUCCCGGAUGAAAUGGUUCUCCUCACGCGAAAUCAACAAAGGUCGGAGGAGCAACAAGUGCAGUUAGAAAAAUCGAGCCUUCUGUACAGGCUGUCACCAAUGUUGGAUGAAUUCGGGAUACUCAGAAUUGAUGGACGCAUCACAGCAGCUUCGAACGUAACUGAGAGUACCAAGUUUCCUAUCAUUCUUCCCAAGAAACAUCGAUUCACCUUUCUUCUGCUGGACGAUUACCAUCGAAGAUUUCGCCAUUGUAACAUGGAAACCGUGGUAAAUGAGGUGCGCCAACAAUACUACGUACCUCAACUAAGGGUUGCAGUAAAACAGGUCGCGAAAGCCUGUCAAUGGUGUAGAAUCUAUAAGGCAAAACCGAAUAUGCCAAGAAUGGCUCCGCUACCGUCGGCACGAUUAGCAUCGUUCCAGAGGCCAUUUACCCACACGGGCCUCGAUCUCUUCGGACCAUUGUUGGUGAAAAUUGGUAGGGGUACGGCGAAGCGGUGGGUUGCUGUAUUCACCUGCCUCACCAUUCGUGCUGUCCACGUUGAGGUGGUACACAGUCUCAGUACAGAGUCUUGCAUCAAAGCCAUCCGUAGGUUCGUUGUCCGCCGUGGGUCACCAGCGACGAUCUACUCUGACAACGGGACCAAUUUCCGAGGAGCAAAUCGCCUCCUGGAAGAGCAGAUUGAACAACUAGCAGCUACCUUCACCAGCACUACAACAAAAUGGAUCUUCAUUCCUCCCGGCACACCCCACAUGGGUGGUGCCUGGGAGCGAAUGGUACGCUCGAUCAAAACAGCCAUGGAUGCGGCGUUCAACAGUCAUGGAAAGCUGGACGACGAAACGUUAGUAACGCUAGUGGUAGAAGCAGAAGCAUUAGUGAACCGCCGUCCGCUGACGUACCUGCCGAUCACCUCCGAAGAAAGCGAAGCAUUGACCCCGAAUCAUUUUCUGCUGGGCAGUUCCAGCGGAGUACAUCAGUCAGCAGAUGGCAACGUAGUGGCCGUUUUGCGGACAUCAUGGGAUCAAAUCCAACGUCACUUAGAUACUUUCUGGAGGAGAUGGAUAAGAGAGUACCUUCCAACCCUGACCAGGCGUACGAAGUGGUUUGGAGAUGUGAAAGCUGUGGCCGCAGGUGACUUGGUGGUGAUCAUCGACGAGAGUACUAGAAAUAACUGGGAACGAGGCCGUAUUCACGAACUGAUUACGGGGAGAGAUGGGAGAUGCCGUCAGGCUAUAGUUGAAACUGCGAGGGGGUUGAUACGAAGGCCUGUGGCUAAGUUGGCAAUAUUGGAAGUAGAUGAUGAUGGUAAAACUGGACCAAAUGGCCAGUGUUACGGGGGUGAGGAUGAUGGUUCUGGGAACACUGUUGAGGGUAAGUUGCUCACGAUUCCCGCUGCCCGUCAAUUAAGCUGUCAUGAUGACAUUGUCAGAAGAGGGGAAAAGAAGAACGUCAGAGAUAUGCAGAGUAUUGUCUGA